UUUCUGUUUCUCUCUCCCAUGGCUUCUUCUUCUAUUUCCCAGGGUCUUGUUCUGACCACCGCUAUGCUUGUCUCCAGCACCGUUCUUUAUCUUGGUUUCCUCAGACAGAAGACUUUCCCUCUUCCCUAUCUUCCCGGCAAUUCAAAUUCAAAUUCCCAACACCCAAACAAGAAAGCUCUCCGUUCUUGCUUAUACUCAGAGGAAAAGAAAAGGGAAAGCAGGAUGAAGAAGAAGAAGACGAAGAGGGUGAAAUUCGCAGAUAAUGUGAAGGAAGAACCCGAAACCGAAACCAAGAAGAAGGAUCUCCGAGAAAAACAGGGGAAGCAAAGCAGAGCAUCGAGCAGUUGCAGAUACGAAAUCCCAGAGAUCCGACGAAUGCCAGAGAAUCGAAUCGCUUUGUACAACGGGAUUCUGAGAGAUCGAGUUCACAGGCUGGAAUACUCUUGCUGACGAUGAAGUCGUCGUCAUCAUCAUCGUCAUCUCAAGGCUUUCAGUUCUGGAUUCAUCGUCAAGAACUGAAGAUCGAGAUGCCAACAGGUACAGGAAACUCCAAGAGACGAACAAGACUUUGUCGUGUCCCUCUGUACGAAGCGUUUUCUUGCGUUUCGAUCGUUUAAUUUAGGAAUUAAUUAAUGAGUUGGUAGUAAUUUUCUGUUUGUGGAGAGGGAAGUUAUGAAAAAUCUGAGAGAAUUCGUGUGGCUGUAAAUAAAGAGAGAGAAUAGGGAGCUUGGGCCAACUCAAAGAGGUUUUCCUUUCAGCUGUCUUCAACCCUCAUGAUGGACAGAGUUCUGUAUCUCUUUCAAUUUGUGUUUGGAAUUACUUCUCUGUUCCUCCAC